ACUCAUAAAUUUCCGGUAGAUGACGCUCUCGCCGGUGAAUUGUAAAUAAACUAGUUACCAAGAUCUUAGGGAGCAGUCUUUGAAGUCCAUUGAAAAUGGCCAAUGGAACAUACACAUGGGAGACAAUGAAAAAGAUGCACAGCCCCCGAGUGUUUGCAACUCCCCUUGUGUAUGAGGGAAACAUAUAUGUGAUUGGGGGAUGUGACCAGUUGGGAACACCUUUAGACACUUGUGAAUAUUAUGAAACUGCUAAGAGAAAGUGGCAUAAUCUUCCAAGUAUGCAAAUAAAGAGAGCAGCCCCUGCAGCUCAGAUAGUAGGAGACAAAAUAGUGGCCAUAGGAGGGGUAGGAGAAACACAGGCUCCUGUAGAUGCUGUAGAAGUAUACGAUAUUAAAGCUAAGAAAUGGCUUACAAUGGAGUCUCUCACUGAACCAUUGCAAGGAGUUUCAUCUACAGUAAGAGAUAAUGAGAUUCUAGUAAUGGGAGGAAUGUCAGAUGACUCAAAUCCUAAGGAUCAUUUCUGGAGUUACAACAUAGAGAGUAACAAAUGGAAAGCCCUCCCACCAAUGCCAACCCCUAGAUACGCUUCAGCAGCUUUUGAAAUUAACAACAAACUUUAUGUGAUAGGAGGACGACAAGGGAGGUUGCCAUGUUUAGCUCUGGAAGUCUUUGACUUUGAGACUAACAAAUGGACACAAUUAGAAAAUAUACCUAGUAAGAGAGUUUUCCCAAAUUAUGUAAAGGCAGGGACCUGCAUUAUCAGUGUAGGUGGACUAAAUCAGCCAGCCUCUGAUGGGUUUUCCCAGGCUUGUGAGGUUUUUGACACAGCAGAUGAAAACCCAAAAUGGAAGGUUGGUACCAAAAUGCCAACAAAACGGGGUGACUUUGCCAUUGGUGUUGUUGGUGAGAAGGUGGUCUGUGCUGGAGGCCUUGGGAGUCAAGGUAAACCAUUACAGAUUGUUGAGGCGUACGAUUGGAGAACAGAUACAUGGACAGAAAUUAAAUCAUGUCCUACCACACACUGCUCCUGUGCUUUUACCAUGCUCAGUGACCGACUGUUUGUCAUUGGUGGUCUCUCACUAGGGGGACCUAGUUCCUCCAUGGAGGCCCUCAGCUUCAAACCUGACAAGUGAUGCAGAUAUGCUUUAGUAUUUAAACUUUCUUAAUCCAUCUUUGUUACAAUCAUGAGCAGUCCCAUUUCCUUAAAUCUUCAUCUUUUACUGCAGACUUAGUUGCUUGUCUCUUGGUGCCAUUAUAUUGUAGUCCCUGUUCCAGAGUUCUUGGUAGUUUGAGUGAGAUGACUGACUGGUUCACAAUGCAUUAUUUUCUUAUUUUUAUAUUUUCAAUUUUCAUGUGAAUGUAAUACUUAUUAUUGAUUAAUUAAUAUAAUUGAAAAUCUUAUAUGAAAUAUUAUGUACUUUUGCUGCUUCUGUCUUAAUAUAGACAUGUAAACUUGUGGUCAUUUUUAGCUCACCUCAACCAAGUUGAGUGAGCUUAUGUAAUACCCUCGGCAUCGGCUUCCCAGGUUAAAGUUUUUGGAGCAGAUUUAUUUUCAAGUACUUCUGUGCCCUAUAUUAAUCAGAGAUGCAUGGAGGAUGCUUCUAGUGUGUUUCAUUCUACCAGUCAAGGUUUCAGAUGCUGCAAUUUCAGCUAAAGAAGGACCAGGAUAAUGUUUUUGGAGCAGGUUGAAGUUUUUGGAGCAGGUCUCAUUUCCAAGUUAUGAUAAGCCCUAUGUUGACCAAACUUGCAUGGAUGAUACAUCCAAGGAUGCACACUACCGGACUUGCUUCAUAUGCUGGAUCUGACCUACAUUUUCUGGAUGAGUGACCAGGUUAAAGUUUUUGGAGCAGAUCUCAUUUCCGAGUAAAUGUAUGUCUAUGUUGACCAAACUUGCAUGGAUGAUGCAUCUAAGGAUGCACACUACAGGACUUGCUUAGGCUGGAUCUGACCUACAUUUUCCAGAUGAGUGACCAGGUUAAAGUUUUUGGAGCAGAUCUCAUUUCCGAGUAAAUGUAUGUCUAUGUUGACCAGACUUGCAUGGAUGAUGCAUCUAAGGAUGCACACUACAGGACUUGCUUAGGCUGGGUCUGACCUACAUUUUCCAGAUGAGUCACCAGGUAAAAGUUUUUGUGAGUCGGUCCAUUGCCAAGAAACUAAAAGGCUUACCUGAACCAAACUUGCAUGGGUGAUGCACUCUCAAACUUGCUUUAGAUGCUGGAUUUGACUUACAUUUUCUUGAUGAGUGACUAGUUUAAAGUUUUUAGAUAAGUCCAUUCCCAAGUACAUGUAAUUGCAAGCCCUAUCAGACCAAAAUUGCAUACAUGUUGCAUCUAGGGAUGCACACUAUUAGAUUAUUAGUUUAGUAUGGGACUUUACCUUACUUAAAGACUACUCUCUGUAAUCUCUGAUUACUUGUGUCUUUUUUUAAUUAAUGGCAGGGUUGUCCCUAAGACCCGGGGGCGGGGAAUUUCCCCACCUAUUUUGACGUAAUUUCCCGGUUAUUCUAGUAUUCCCCCUCAACCCCCUGUUAGGGGAGGAACCCCAGAUUCCCUUCUACUUUUUUAAUGUACCCUGCUAUUUCAAUUCUUAGGGACAACCCUGUAAUGGUAAUACUUGAAUUAGUAAAUGUAUAGUAACUUCCUCAGUAGUAAGAUUCAUUAGAACUGAAAUUAUACUUAAUGAACAAUUCCUUUCAUUUAAUAAUGUAUAUGACUCCACUGUGUGCAAUUAUAUUCACUUUGACACUUUCAUAAUACAUCAUUUAUUUCAGUUACACUGCUGAAGUAUGUUACUGAUGUAAAGAAAAUAAACGUGAUCUUGAAAACUCAUAAAAUAUUGCAUGUAUCAGAUUUUGAACACUCUUUACCAUGAUAAACAAUUUAGGCAAUAAAAUUGACAUAUGGAAUAA